GAUUUAAAGAGGCCAUGCUGGCAUAUAAUGUAAUCAUGAAUAAUUCAGCAAAUACUUAGCCAGUUAUAUUGCGGUUAUGAUAAUCACCAGUUGCCUGCAGCCACAUUACCGCUUACUGUGCAUGUCAACAGUUUUCCUUUCCUUGCCUGACGCUUGCAAGUGCCACAGCUGCUAUCUAUAGUACAACUCUAUUUUCAGACCAUGCAGACAGGACGCAAUGGAACUCUCACAAACCUUUAUUUACCGUCCAGUUCUAGGGAAAAAAUGGCUAAUCUACACUCAAGUCACACGCUGUAUUGUCACUUGAGAUCCUGUUAUAGGAAGAGAAAAGACCUGGGUUUAAGAGAUCAUGGAAGCGCUUGAAGGCCUGGGAGUCAGCCGGGAUAUUCAUGCUGAGAAUGCGACCCUUGAUCUGGAGCGCAGAGAGCACCAGGCGGGCUGGGUGAGAGUGAGGGUUGAGGAGAGCUGGUUCACUGUGGAGCGGGCCUUGCUAGUGAGGCACAGCAGCUACUUCAGUGCUCUCUUUCACUCUGGGAUGAUAGAAACUCAACAGGACGAGCUCCACCUGAAGGGAGGAGUGCGUGCAAGGGGUUUCCUCAUUGCCCUUGCUGUGUGCAGGGGAGAGGUUCCCACUAUCAGUGACCCAGAUGAGCUCAUAGAAGCUGUAGAGUGUGCUGCUUUUCUGCAGGUGGGGUGUUUGGUGCAGCAUCUUUGUGACAUUAUUGACUCAGACAACUGCCUCUUGCUUUACCAUGCAGCCUCCAUCUUUGGGGUGCAUGCACUCUUUCACAAUGCUGCUCUGUUCCUUUGUGAUGAUUUUGAUGAUUUGAAGGAAGCAGCAGAGAGUACAAUUCCUGAAGACCUUCUUCAAUAUUCUCAAACAUUGUCUCCUGCUUCAUACAUUGCUAUAGGCACACACUCGCCUUCGAUGGAACUGCUACACGACUCAUUUAGGGUUGUUUGCUACCUUGAUGAAAAAGAAGGAGAGUGGAAGCAUCUGACGAACCUCCCAACGCUCUGUAGCACAUCAAUGGCUGGAGUGGCGGUGCUUGACAAUCGCUUAUACAUUGUGGGGGGAGUUUACGGUUAUGGGAAGGACACAGUGGACAGCAGCUUCUGCUACAACCCCGAGUCAGGGGUUUGGACAGCUCUUCCAGGUCCCCAGCAACUAAGAUAUGACUUUACACUGCUGGGAUAUAAUGGUCGACUCUAUGCAGUUGGUGGAGAAUACCAAAAAAGGACCAUUUCCACUGCAGAGAGCUAUGACAUUGAGAAGGGAGAGUGGAGUUUUAUAAAACAUGCACCAAGACCUGUGGCAUCUGCUGCUUGUGCUGUUGCAAGGCGGCGGAUGUUUGUUUGCUUCUGGAAACCACCAGCCACGACAGAUAUCUAUGAGUACAUACCAGUGAUAGACGAGUGGAAACUUGCAACCACCAUGAUCAAACCACAAAGCUAUGGCCACUGUAUGGUGGCUCACAGGGACAAUUUGUAUGUGAUGCGCAACGGGCCGUGUGACGACUUCUUGCGCUGUCUGAUGGACUGCUACAACAUUACGACGGGCCAGUGGACAGCCAUGCCGGGACACUACAUCAACAGCAAGGGGGCGCUGUUUACUGCAAUGAUAAGGGGCGACUCGGUGUUCACAGUGAAACACAUGCUGACUCUUGAAUACACCAUCACUGGAAAUGGAUGGAAGCCCCACAGGCAGAUGAAGGGGUUUCCAAAGAGUGGUUCACUGUGGACGUGUUUACUCAGGCUUCCCAAGACAGGACCAGUUAUACCACAGCUGGAUGGAGAAGGGAAGGAAGGAAAAAUGUCUUUGACAGACACAUCUGAGGGACUUGUGGAAGCUAUACUGCAACUGUGAAAUUACUGCUAAGCUGAAAAACAAUGGCAUGUUUUUUAGGGUUUCUAAACUAAGAAUAUUGACCCAGAUUUCAUACUGACACAAAUGCUCUUCAUUUGAGUGCCUUCACUUUCACAAGCACUCACACUUGUACAGUACACACACACAUGCACACGUGCUGACACUAAGGAUUUGUUCUGAUUAGCAACAGCUGCUAAUGUAGUUUAUGUUAGGGGAGGCCACUGUGUGUGUGUGUGUGUGUGUGUGUGUGUGUGUGUGUGUGUGUGUGUGUGUGUCUGUCUGUGCGCAAAGUUCAAAGGCACUGACGGGAUGUUCUAAACCUCUCAUUCUCUACGUUUUUCCUGAAGUCACA